AUGCCGCGCCUAAGAAAGCAGUCACAGGAACAAAAGCGGAUAAAGGAGUUGACGCAGAAAGCAACACAAAAGUUAAAGACCAAAAAACAGUUUGAAAGUGCUAGUGAAAAUGAAAUUGACCACAAACUUACAUUUAACUGUGUUGACUUAAGUGUACACUUUGAUGUAGUUUUAGCUGUGGACAGGCAGGAACUCACACAUUCUUUGGAUCAGAAAACAAUGUUGUGGAGUGAGGUAUUAAAGCAAGCUACCAAACAGAGUUAUCACACACUUUAUAAACAAAAACAGAGAUCAGAUCCUUAUUAUCGGAAGAGGGAAAAUGAAAAAAGAGACAAAAUACGCAAAGAAAGGAGAAAUGAUCCUGAAUUGAGGCAAAUGGAUAAUGAAAAGAGGGACAAAGCCCGCAAAGAAAUGAGAAAGAACCCUGAAUCGAGGCAAAUGGAAUAUGAAAAGAGGGACAAAACACGCAUAGAAAUGAGAAAGAACCCUGAAUUGAGGCAAAUGGAAAAUGAAAAAAAAGGGACAAAACACGCAAAGAAAUGA